AUGCCUCCAUCAUCUAAGAGAUCACAGAGGACGCGCCGGCCUCGCGAAAUUAGCCCGAGUCCUGCCCCGCUUGAACAAUCAUCACCAACACGACCGGCUAAACGUAGAAGAAAGGUAGAAGAACCUCCGUCGGAGCCCAUCGAAGAUGAAGGAUCGAGCCUCACCGUCGAUAACUACCAUUCGGCAGCCGAAGGUCCUAAUAACGACGAUGGAUUGAUCACCCAAGUUACUCAACAUCUACGAAGCGUUCCUACCCAAGCUAGCAAAGAUCACGCCAAUGCUAUACACGAAGCAAAAACCGAAGACAUAGAAGCUUAUGCCAAGAUAUCGGCGCAAGAUUGGACUUACUACAUUAGGUCCUUAUCCAUUAACAUCGGUAGAACUUCCGAUCCAACUCAACCGCAACCCUCCGCCCACGAUCCGGAAGAUAGAGACUUUGUUCACAUCGAUCUCGGUCCUUCGAAGACAUUCUCACGCCAGACAGCUAUCAUUUACUACGAUUCCGAUGCGGGCAAAUGGUUCCUCCAAGCGAAGGGCCGCAAUGGACUCAAAGUGGACACCGUGACUCUGAAGAAAGCGGAUGACCCCCACCCUCUGUCAAGUGGCGAGGUCAUCGAGGUCGGCGGCAUUGAGAUGAUGUUCGUUUUGCCGGGUAGUCUUGGCCCUCUCCGCAUACACCCUACGUAUCUUGAACAAGCUGGUAUUAAACCUGCACGAUCGAGUCCCGUGCGUGAAACUGGCAGGACUGCGCUACCAACAGCACCCUCUACAGACCACGCAUCUUCUCAGGCUAGUGGAAGACCUUCGUCGUCUCGAGGCCAGCUAUUUCAGCAACCGAUUGCGCCCGCGCCUCCUGAUUACCGCCGACCCGGAACCCCACCCUCGGUUAAAAGUCGCCCGCCGACUUCACAACAGAAGACGCCUGCGCAUGGUUCCUCUGGUACUGUAAUAAUGAGCCAAAGCGAUGUGGACUUAAGCAAGGACGAGAAUAAGCAUAUUAAGCCUUUGUUUAGUUAUGCUCAGAUGAUCACACAGGCUAUCAUGAGCACCAAUGAAGAGAAGUUGAACCUUGCUGGUAUCUAUCAGUACAUUACUACUCACUAUGCCUACUAUAGGCAUCAGCCCCCUUCUGGUUGGCAGAACUCGAUAAGACACAAUUUGUCGUUGAAUAAGUCCUUUAUGAAAGCACCCCGUUCGACAGAUGAGCCUGGAAAGGGAAUGAAGUGGGAGAUUGUACCAGAAGCGCGAGAUGAGAUGAUCCGAGUGGCCUACAAGGGUGGCCGCGGUGGCCAUCGUGGUUCUUCAGCUCCUUCGUCGCCCAGUCAGCCUAAUCAGCUGAGCUAUAUCACCCAUGGUCCCAGAGAUGUUUCAACCCGCGAACCAACCUCGGCUCGAAAGCGCAAAGCUUCCCCAAACACCUCGCCGCCCCCAAAACCGGCCUUAAACUUGUCUCAAGUCACACCGGACCGCAAAUUUCUCCCAGCAGGACCGGCGAGCUUCCAAGAUGGUAGCCCACUCCCGCGACGCAAGCCAUUUGACGCGUCCGCCUCAUUUGCUACGGCCGAUACGCUUCCAAAUUCCCCACCGACUCUUUCGUCUUCGUACCUUCAAGAUGAAGGGGCUUCCUUUGUUACUCCGGCGCCUCUGCGUGUACAUCCACGAUUAGCGCCACCUAGUACUGCUCAACGGCCUAGUCAGCAUAUGCCGACAAGUUCGCCUGCGCCUUUUUGGAAGUACGCUGAUAUCCAGAGCACUCCCCUGAAACCGCCUCAAUACGAUAUGAGUCCGUUGAAACCGCUCGGGCUCGUGAACAGCAGCAGUCCCCCUCCAGCCGCGCGCGAUCGCUCGCCACAAGCCAGUCCGACUAGGUCGACAAGAUCCGCGCGUACUGAGACACAGGAGAGAGCACCGAUUGUAGAUGAUGAUGAAGAGGAAGGUGGUUACGACUUAACUAAGGGUUUUCAGAGUAUCGGUUCUUACCACGCUCCUGUUGGUCUGGGUAAUAUGAUCCCCAAGGCCAACGGAGGCCGAGUGUAA